AUGGCGGCGCGCGUGGCAGCUUGGAAAAAAAAAAAAAUAAAAUGCCCCAAAAAAGCGCAGCAAAAAUGCGCAGCAAAAGUGCGGAAAAAAACGCCCCAAAAAAGAGCAGCAAAAAUGCGGCAAAAAAGCGCCCCCAUCCAAUGCACGCACGUGUGCCCGCGCAACCCUUCUUAAUUUACUUGCAGGCCCAACUCUUUUGUUUUCCUUUUUUAAUUCCCCCCCUCGGCCCAACGCCCGCAUUUGUAUGACUCCACCACAAGAACGUCAAGAACGUCAGGAACGCCAAGAACGCCAAGAAGUGUUUAACGCAUAUGCAUUCGUUUCCUUUUGUAUGCACGUGGGUACAGCUUGAACAUGAUUUGACUUAACCGGUCGCGCGUUUCAUGCUUAUCGUUGCUUUACGUGCAGAGUAGGGACAGCCGACCCGCAGGGCCCACCUCUGGGGAGUAGUAUCACGCACGAAUUUGCAGCCCCAGUUGACAUCCCCACGUAACAGCUGGCACUGUUUUAUUUCUCCUUUUGCCGCCUUUCCGCCAAUCACCUUUGCGUCCACCCUGUUCGCCCCAGAACAAAACCUAUAUCAUCACGUCUGCUUUGAAUUUCGAGGAGGGAGAAAAAACCGCUCCAGGGAAGAAACAAAAAAAAAGAAAAAAAAAAAAACGCGCCCGUGAGGAACCUCAAAAAAAUAACAGGGGCAAAAUGAACUACCAAAAUUUGAAGUGCUCAGAGUUGAAGGACCUGUUGGCCAAAAGGGGGCUCCCGUCCCAUGGCAAGAAGAACGAGCUCCUAGAACGGCUGUUAAAUUACGAAAAAGAAAACCCCCAUUUGGUGAGCAGUAGCCCGUACAUAUUGCAUAGCGGGAGCAAUAAAGGGAACAACUCGGACCAGGGAACCAACCUCGAGGCGUCAUCGUCCACGGAUGCACAAGGAGGCCAUCCGAACGGCGCAGAGGCAAAUGUGGAGAGAUUCGAAAAGGAUAAUAACCACGUAGAGGAAGAAGGAGGAAGCAACGGAGGAAGCAACGGAGGAAGUAACGAAGGAAGCAACGGAGGAAGCAACGAAGGGAGCAACGAAGGGAGCGCCGAAGAAGAAGAACACGAAGAGGCCAAUUACAAGUCGUCUUCAUCACAAUACAUUGGGUCUCAAAAAAAAAAAAAAACUUUAUCAGUUAAUAACAGAGAGGAAGAAUUUAAAAAAGCGGACUUUGGAAAAAUGAAAAAUUAUUUUAAAAACAUUUUAACGUCGAAUGCCAACGAUGAGGGAUCCAAAUAUUACAAAAAUGAUGAGAAAGCGGAGGCAAAUAAAAACGUAAGUCAAAGUAAUGAUGAGGAGAAGAAAACCAAAGUGGUCAUUCCGAAGAUUACCUUUUCGGAGAGUUCCCUGUCCACGAAGAACACCCUGCAGAAGAAUAUCAUUUCCCCCCCAGAAGAUAAUCUUUACCUGACGGAGGAGAAAAAGAGGGAGCUUCGAAAAAAGCGAUUCGGCGUCGUUUCCACGGAUGAGGUCUUGGAGUCCAGAGCCAAGAGAUUCUGCAUUGUGACUCAAAAAAUGGAAGAGGAGAACAAAAGGAAGAGAGCGGAGCGCUUCGGCCUGAACAAGGGCAAGCUGAACGACUCCGAAAUGAAGAGGAAGCGCGCCGAGAGGUUCGGCCUGGUCAAAGAGAGUGAUAAGCUGAAAGCCAGGGCACUCAGAUUUGGCAUAAAAUAA